AUGGAACAAACUAUUAUAUCAAAUACAUCUAGUGGAGCUAGUAAUGUAGCUGGGGAAAGGCGACCUGAAAUAUUUGCAAAUAACUUUUGGGGAAAAGAAGAAGCAGGAUAUGAUGCACUUAUGUCUAGACUUAGGCAGGCUAAACAAACUUGCGAUGAAGUGAAAAAUAUGUUUCAAGAGAGAGCACUACGAGAUGCAUUAGAAGUGUGUAAACAAGAGAUGGAGGCAACAGCACAAGAGCAUAUCACAUUGUCGCAGAAGUUCCGAACAGAACUUGUACAAGAAAUUUCACAUUUUAUAUUGAGGCAAAAAGAAUCAAGGAAGUUGCAACAAGCCAUUGUAGACAGAAGCUUGAGGAAUAAGAAAGAACAAUCGGCAUUAGUUCAAAGGGCUAAAGAAAAGUAUGAAGCAGAAUGUGUGAAAAUUACAGGAUUAUUGGCCACUAAAGGUUCAGUGAUGGGAAAAGAUUUGGAAAAGUUAAAUUUGAGGAUAGAAAAAACACAAAUGGCAGCAAAAGCAGCAGAUCAAGAAUAUAUUCAAUUAGUUAAAAAUAUACAAGGAACAACAAAAACAUGGAAUUAUGAUUGGAAAACUGCAUGCAAUAAAUUCCAAGAUUUGGAAGAAGAUCGAAUUGAUAAAUUAAAAAGUUUUUUAUGGACUUAUGCAAAUCUUAUUUCAACCGUAUGUGUAGCAGAUGAUGAAUCAUGUGAGAGAAUCAGAAUUUCAUUGGAAAAUUGUAAUGUUGAAAAAGAUAUAUUAAUAUUUAUCAAAGAGAGGGCAACUGGACCUGAUAUACCUGAACCACCUAGUUAUGUUAACUUUUACGCGGGUCCAAAAGAAAAUGGAGUAAGAUAUAAGCGAGCUUCAUUUGAAAGGGUACCGACAUAUGUAGAUACAUUAACAAAUGUUUCAGAGGGGUAUACAAAUGUGAAUAUAGAAAGAGCAACUCUAUAUGCAAAUACAACAUUAUCCCAAAAAAACAAUAAUAAUGGAGGAAUAGUAAGUGAGGUAGAAAGAAGAACUGAGAAAAACGAGGUGGAAGAAGAACCAGUUGAUCCUAGAUCUAAACAAAUGUUAUCAAUUGGAGAUAAUGUAUUUGAGGUACAAACCAAUAGUGAACAAUUAAAAAAUAAAGAUGAAAAAGAUGAAAUAGCAAAAGCAAAACCUUUACCAAAUAAUUUUACUAUCGAUAAACCUCAACCACCAACUCCUUCUGUCCAAGAUAAUAUUCAACAACAAAAUACGCAUAAUGUAUAUCAUCAACGUAAUAACUCUCAAUUACAAUUUACGCCCCACCAAAUAAGUAGUAAUAAUAAUACAUCAACCUCCGCUAUUCCGCUAUCUAAUAUUCCUAUUUCUCCUACCGCUAUCGAUUUAAGAAGACAACCAUCAGAUUACAAUAGCGCCGCUAACAAUGGACCAUUAUCUUCUCAACAACAACAGAUUUCACAAAAUAUGAGUAUGAAUUCCAAAUCACCUAAUCGAAACUAUCAGCAACAAUCAGAAGGUCCUGGUGAUGUUAGAAGAUUGUCAAAUUCUCCUAAUAUGUUUUCUUCACCACCAAUUUUAUCUCAAGUUCAAUAUCAAUCUCAACAUGGUGGAUAUCAACAACAAGUACAAGGACAAAUGACCCCUCAGGGUCUAGUUCUUACUCAAGGAAAGAUUUCUCCUAGACAAAUUACAUCAUCCCCAAAUGUAAAUGGUCGCGUAAAGCAGGAUGAUUUGGCCGAAGCUUUUAUUGCUAAUGGUGGUAGAUUGCCUCCCGAGUCCGCUAGAUUCAAAAUAAGACCGCAGGGAAUACCUCAAGGAGUUCAGAUGAGUCCACAGGGACAACCUAUUUAUCAAUAUAAUAGUUUUAAUAGACCACCAUUACAACAAAUGUCUGCCAAUCCAUCUGUAAUAACAAGUAACACGUUGAAUUCAGGUUCUAAUAAUGGUUUCCCUUAUAAACAACCACAACAAGGAAUUAAUGUUAAUUCACAAUUUCCUCAGGGUAGUUUAGGUAGACCACAGGGUAGUAUAGUUAGACCACAAGGUAGUAUAGGUAGACCACAAAAUAGAAGAAGCACCUUACCUGUUGGAGCCCAACAAUUGGGACAUCCUCAAACUCAUUAUCAGAAUCCAAAUUUCUAUAAUCCUCCUCCUAUAGGUGGAUAUCAAAGACCCCCUAUUGGAUCUGUUAAAAGUGUUCAAGGAUUUCAACAAAUGCAAGUGCCUCAACAACAAGUUAUGCAACAGCAACAACCGCUUCAAUUGCAAUCUUAUAAUAGGUCUGAUAUACCUGAUGUUAAUGGCUCUCCAACUCAUCGACAACGUACCGAAGAUGGUAAACCGAUUGAAUUUUACGUUAAAGCAUCAUAUGAUUAUCAAAAAAGUAUACCCGAAGAAAUGUCAUUUACAGCUGGUGAUGUUAUAGCAGUAUUAAGUACUCAUAGUGAUGGUUGGUGGGAAGGCGAAAUAAUAGAUGAUUCAAGAAAAAAUAGAGGUUUAUUCCCUAGUAAUUAUACUAAAGUAUUAGAAUAG